UUUAGCUUUGGUAAUUUGAGAUUAACGCUGGCAACGCUGUUUAUGUUACAUAUUUAUCAGAAAUUGUACACAUUAUUUUGAGGUUGAAGGGGAGAAGGUUCUCUUCGUGGAAUAGGAAGUGGUAGUAGGAAUUUAGUUGUUUAGGGAUUCUACCGGAAAUAUUACAGUCGGAAAAUCUAAUAUUUUCUCUUUUACUAAGUGAAAUGGCAGCGUCAGUGAGAAGUGUUGGUCAUAAAAUCGGGAACUUUGGAGUUUUAUCCUCUCUCAGAACAAUUUCAACUCCAAGAAAUUACUUCACGUAUGUAAAUGAGCCCUCACAACCUAUUAAAGGAAAGGAACCCAAAUGGACCACUGCAGAGGAGGCAUUCCAAGACCUGAAAUCAGGUGACACUGUAUUCGCCCAAGGGGCUGCCGCAACCCCGGUCGCUCUGUUGAAGGCCAUGACAGAGGUCGGAAAGAAAAAGAAAGUGGAAAACGUUACCGUUUGUCAUAUGCACACAGAAGGAGACGCGCCCUAUACAGAUGCCUCUUGCGAAGGAAUUUUCAGGUCCUUUUCCUUCUUCAUGGGAGGAAAUGUUCGAAAAGCAGUUGCAGAAGGGAGAGGAGAUGCUUUGCCUAUAUUCCUUUCUGAAAUCCCGCUUCUCUUCCACAAGGAAAUUAUUAAACCGGAUAUCGCUGUAAUUCAGGUCUCUCCUCCAGAUCAACAUGGGUAUUGCAGUUUGGGAACCAGCGUAGAUUGUGUAAGGGCUGGUAUGUCCCAUUCAAAAAUUAUCGUGGCGCAAAUAAAUAAAAAUAUGCCAAGAACAUUUGGCGAUGGUAUUAUACACAUCAGCCACAUAGAUUAUGCUGUUAAGACUGACACUCCGCUACCCAUCCAUGGCGGAAAACCACCAACCGACGUGGAAUGCAAAAUUGGGAAGAACAUCGCGGAGAAUUUGGUUGAUGAUGGAGCCACUCUACAGCUGGGUAUCGGCAGCAUUCCAGACGCCGUUUUGGCGGCCUUGACUAAUCACAAAGAUUUGGGAAUCCAUUCGGAAAUGUUUGCUGGUGGCGUGAUUGACUUGGUCAACAGAGGGUGUAUUACCAACAACCGGAAAACAAUACACAAGGGCCGAAUGGUAGGCUCAUUCUUGAUCGGGACACAAGAAUUAUACGAUUUCGUAGAUAACAACCCGUUCGUUGAGAUGCUGGUUGUUGAUUAUGUGAACAACACUGGUAUCAUCGCCAGACAACCCCAAAUGACAGCAAUAAACUCGUGUAUAGAAGUGGAUAUAACGGGGCAGAUAUCAUCCGAUUCUAUCGGUACAAGAAUGUACUCUGGUUUCGGAGGACAAGUCGACUUCAUCAGAGGUGCUGCUGAAGGACUUGAUGGAAAAGGGAAGCCCAUAAUUGCCUUACCUUCUUCCACAAAUAAGGGACAAUCCAAGAUAACCCCAAUACUUAAACCAGGUGCUGGAGUGGUUACAACAAGAGCUCACGCCCAUUAUGUCGUUACUGAAUAUGGUAUUGCUUACCUCUUUGGCAAGUCGCUCAGACAAAGAGCUCACGCCUUGAUUAAUAUUGCUCACCCGGAUCAUCGGGAAACUUUGGAGAAAGCAGCCUUCGAACGCCUUAAAGUGAUGCCAUCAGCGUAGAUUUAAGAAUAAACUUUUAUUUUUACACAUUUUAACCUAAAUAUAUGUCUAAAUAUGUUAUUUUUACAGUUACUAUAAGAACGACUCUCUCUUGUUUGAAUUCACGCAUUUAAAAUCUGGAUACUAGGAGCAUUUCGAGACAUUUUUCGUUCUCAGCAGAGUUUUGAAUUGAAUUCGUUGCUUUCUGGGUUUGUUGACAUGGUCAGCUGGUUUGCGGAAGACGAAUGCUGAGGCUUUGGUUGUAGUCCUCUAAACACAUGCUAAAUUGCUUGGGUUCAGAUUCUCGCUUUAUCCCGUCAGUGAUGGAUGUUGCUUCAUUCCUAUUGGUUUAGUUGAUAGGCCUGACCCAUGUGUAAAGGGCAGGCAACCAGGCUUGUUCGUGUUAAUUUCCUCUUUCUUUUGGUUAAAGUUUAUAUGUUUAUAAAUUUUCAAACUGACAAAUACAGCUCAAUAGUUGAAUAAAAACUCCAGGUAGACAAAAAAGAGUAGUAAUCAAAAUGUUGGUAAAGACGUCUCAACACAUCUGUGGGACCAUAUUUGAAGAAUGUCUUCGGUGGAAUCAAGUAGAAUAAGCUGAAAUCGAGGUAGCAAUAUGAUCCAAGAAGGAUAAUGCACAUCAAUUGGAUAAAAAGCUUUUCCUAACUUUCUGUUUCAACUUAUUCAUACUGUAGCAUUUCCAAUCUUCAGGUAUAUGGUUAUGAUUUUUUCUUGGCAAAAAGUCAGUUUGUUUUUGUUUCUUUGGCACAAUAACAAGAAAGACCACUGAUACCAGUGUUGUGGUCGAAAAUUAGAUAACCCUUAAUGCAUUUGUCUUUAUUUUCGUGAACCCAUGAAAUAGCUUCCGGAAUGUGAAUGUAGGGAAGUGAGAGAAUCUCCAUUUCUAUUUGGCAAUAGUCAAAAUGAUUUUCUUUGCCUUACUUAUAAAUGUCUAUCUAGAAUCAUCCCACGAAGCAGAACACUAUAUCUCAAAUGGCAAAUGAUGGCUCCAUAGUGCAAUGUUUUAGUAUCUCCAGGAAUACCAUCUCCCUGAAAUUUCUCAGAACGAAGUUACUUUUUGAUAAUAUCAGUCCAAGCGACUUUCAAGCGAUUUUACAUUGAUCAUAUCCGCUGCGACCUUCCAAUUUUUAGUGAAACUGAUACAUUUGGUUUCGUUUUUACAUAAAUUAUUCGAAUAGAAAUACUUCUUCAUUUCUGCCAGUAUUUAUCGUAAUCUUAUUGAAAUUUUCAUUACUUGUUAAGAAAGUUGUAUACUUGUAUAUUAUGGAAAAUAGUGGUCCCAGCACUGAUCCUAGUGGGACUCCGUGCUUAUUUAUUCUCUUCUAGGAUUCAAUAUUGUUCUUUCAAGAAAGUUUGAACGAGGAUGAGAGCUGGAUAUUGCGAAAUCCAUAUUUCUGAAGUUUUACUAGUAGAAUAUCAAGGAAGACAUCGUCGAAGGUUUUAAACAAGUCACAUAAUAUUGCACGAGUGUUUAUUCCAAUAGAACACUGCGUUUUUCGCCUCAACGCUUUUGACAUUUACCACAGUUGUAGAUGAAACGUCAUGAAGCCACUGUCAACAACCUCAGAAAAUACAAUCAAUUAUUUCUGACCGUGAAAGUUUGCAUACAUUAUUAUUACCUGGUGAAUAUUCUUUGGGUCAGUUCAUCAACUUCCUUUGUUUUCAUAUUUAUAAUUGGUCUGCAUGAAGAUCCUCUUGGUAUUUAGAAACAAAUAAUUUAUAGUUCCAAUAGUUGAUUGAAAAUUUUAAUAUAGGUACAUUAUGAAGCAAAUGUUCAAUUAAGUCAAUAUUUUUCUUUCUGAUAUCGAUGAUAACAGAUUGAGAAAACACAUUAUCAUAAUCCAACAAUGAAUUUUUUAUUUUGUUUUUGUUGGAAUUUUUUUUUGUUUAUUUUCAGGCCGUUGAGAAAUAUUGGCAAAUAAAUCUUCAAAAAUUUAUUGUUAACUGAGAAAUCUGAUCAGAGAUGAAGUUCUUUCCUAAUGAAUUUCUUAGCAAUUAGGAGAGGACUUAUUGACUGCCUAUUUGUAACAAAAUUUACAACAAAAUUAAAAUGUUGGUAGCAA